AUGACAACUGUUGAGCAUUACCGGCCAACGCACGUCUUUCCAUCAGAUGCGCCUUCAAAUGCUCGACGAUCCCAUACCACCUCCACAUCCAUAGCGAAGAUCCCACCAGCGGUCCCAUCACCACCUCGAUUGUCGCGAAACUCUCCGCCGCAGAAGCCGCAACUUCGCGGCGUGGAUAUUCUCAACUUCAAGAUGUCAUCAAACGAUUCGAAUCAAUGGUUGUUUACCGAUGAAGAGUUGAGGAGUACGCCUUCGAUAUUGCAUGGCGUGGAUCCCAAGUUAGAAAGACAGCAGAGAGCCAAAGGAACCAACUUCAUACUCCAAGCUGCGAUACUCCUGAAGAUUCCACAAAUUACCAUUGGGGUCGCCAGUACAUUCCUCCAUCGAUUUUACAUGCGCGCAAGCAUGGACAGUAAGAGAGGUUACCACCAUUACACAAUUGCAGCUACCGCUCUAUUUCUUGCGAGCAAGACUGAAGAAACUUGCCGGAAAACAAAAGAAAUUGUCAUCGCGUGCACCAAAGUAGCACAAAAAAACUCCAACCUCAUAAUAGACGAACAGUCGACCGAAUAUUGGAGAUGGAGAGAUAAUAUUAUGCACCACGAAGAAGUCCUGCUAGAAUACCUCACAUUUGACCUCGUGCUGGAAUCGCCAUAUCAUGCGCUAUUUGGCUUUCUACGUGAGCUAGGGGUUCAGGAACAUUCGAAACUCAGAAACGUGGCGUGGGCCUUUUUGAACGACGGAACGCACUCUACUAUUUGCUUGUCUCUACCAUCAAAGGACAUCGCAAUCGCCGCCAUCUACUUUGCGGCUCAAUUCAUCAAUGACACCCUCCCUGAUGAUGAAGAAGGACGGCCAUGGUGGAUACGCUUAGGUGGUUCAGCAGAUAAAAUAGUUAAAGGGGUUAAAAUCCUGAGCAACUUUUGGAAAGAGAACCCUCUCAUGCGACAAGAUAAUCCAUACGAGAGAUCACCAAUAUAUAGUGCGGAAGAUCUUAACAGGAGUAGAAGAAGCGCGGAUAUUGCAUCACCGAGUCCCCUGCAUUCGCAGAUGGCCAGAAAUAAUAGUCAGAUGAGUAACGGACCUACUAAUGGGACGGGGGAGAGUUCGCACAAUUCUCAAAACAAUGGGAAAAUGGAGAAAUCAAUAAGCUCAAACGGCAUUCCUAAACCCGAGGAUAGGAAAGACAGAAACUCGAUGCAGAAAGACGAAUCGAUUGUUAAGGCUGUCGAAAACAGCAAUGGUACAUCAGAUAAGGCUUUAAAAGAAGCGGCCAAUGACCCGGCCACUCACGCUCCUGGUGGCGUCAAGCGCAAGGAGGUUUCAGACACCAGUGAUUCGUCUUCGAAAAGGGUCAAAACCGAAUCGGGUGAAUCGGAACCAGUGUCACUAGAAGAUGCCAAGGUAGACGCAUCACCUCCGGCGGCCUCGUCAAGAAAAGACAUUUCUCAGGACUCAAAUGAUGGUCCAAUGAAUGGUUUAAAAGCAGAGUUGCCAUUAAAACCACCGGUAAAGGAAGAUAACAGAGGAGAAGAGAGCGAGGAAGGAGAGUUGGACGAAUAA